ACGUGUGUAUGUGUGUGUGUGUGUGUGUGUGUGUGUGUGUGUGUGUUUGUGAUGCUUGGAAGGCAUCAAAUUGACCACAGUAGAGAACCCAUCUAGUGAAAUUCCUCGGUGUGAUACAGAGUAGCUUGAAUGAGCAUUUUAAGCCUGUGCUAUACACGUGCGUAAUAUGCGUGCGUCAAAAUGUUCUAAUUGAGGAAGGCGUCUGACUGUCCUUCGUGAAUGACCCACCAGUCAAAACGCUUAUCAGCAUGAUGCAGCGUACAGUGGUUCGAAGGCGCGAUGAUGACGCUAGGUUACGAGAACACGACAUUAAUUAGCCCUCGGCUUGCCCACGGUAAUGACUUACUGACAAACUGAGGUCAUCUUGCAAUUAGAUGGAGAGUCACUCAAAACUCCCCGCUGUUGUUACGUCAGUUGUUUUCAUCAUACAAGAUGGUUUGCGACAUCAAUCCAGUUUGUGUCCCAGCAUAUUUAAAGUGCCACACAAGAGUAAAGUCAGGAUUCACAAUGUAAAUAUGACAAUUGGCGGGCAUGAUUGAAGGCCCCAACCUUUGCAGAAGACGUACAUAAAUGCCUUUUUCCCCACCCUCGGAGUCGUGCAAACAACCUUGGGAGCAUUCGAUUUCGAAAGAAUUCCCUUCAGGAAGUUCUCGUUCCUGGAGGAAAAGGAGACCGUAGCUCUGUUGAUGAAAUGGUCCAUGCUUGGAAGACUCUCGGCGCAAACUUUCAGUUUUGACCAGAAAUUUCACCUUUACGAUAGCGACAGGUUUGCGCUGUGCUUCUUCACAGAUUCUAGCGUGCUUUCCAGUGCAAGAACGACCGUUGCCUGGCAGUCUCUCGACAAACCAGUGGCAUCAGUCGAUGUCGAGGUGGUACCAUGCACCAAGAUCUCAAUGGACUUAUUUGAUCCCAUCUACACAUGUGGCAUUGUGGCACCCUCUGGACACAUCGCGAGAUGCUUACACGAAAUCUACCCGGACUAUGACAAACUCCGAGAGAUGUUGCUGGAUGAGGACUCGGAGAACUACCACAUACUGGGGCGAGCCGAACGAGGGGAGUUGCUGUUUCGCCUCUUCAAGCACCUUUGCCUCGGAGGAGCGCUGAAUCAGUACGAGGACACAGUCGAGCCUUAUAUCAGCAUCACCAAGAAAAUGUACAAAGAGCUCAUCAGUGUUCAAAAGGAUCCAGAAACUAAAAAGAUCAACGUGGUUUCCAUGGUGCUCAAAGUCCGCGUCUGGGAUGAGUCGGGUCAGUGCUACCCCGGGGGGCAGGAUGAGGAGCAGACGUUUGCCUACCUGAUUGUGGACCCCUUCAAACGCCACGUGACACUACUCUGCCACUCUUAUGGUGUUGGAACUAUGUGUAUUUAAUGGUGUAAAUGAUGUUGGAAUACAUUUAGCACAUAGAGUUAAAACAGCAAUGAGUUAUUCAGUAUUAGCAUUCCAUGUGCAUCACUUUUUUUCCUCCACAUUUUAUGUUACAGCAAAAAUCGAAUAAAUGAUUUUUUUCCCCCACCACAUUCUACACACAGAACCCCAUAAAAAGCAUGAGAAAAGUGGAGCAAUGGUUCAUUUUUCAGCAGAGCAAUAAUGCUGAGCCCACAGCCCAGACAUCAAAGCUUCAUAUGCAAAAAUACUUGAGGCUGUAAUUGCUGCAAAAUAUAUGUAUUUAUUUAUUGACCAAAGGCUGUAAAAGCAGUGCUUGGGUAUGCACAUGUGAUUUUUGAUUAUUAAUAUCAUCCAACAGUUCCAAAACCCAACUUUUCCACGUUGAAAUCAACAACGUGAAAAAGUUACAACAAAAGUACAGUAAAGUGUAGUUGGAACUCUUUUCGGAUGCAUUGUAUGACAUACACUGUAUGUGGAUGUCUUCUGCCCUCUACAGGGCCAGGGGCGACAUAACUGUUCUAAAAAACCUGAUUUCGACAUGUUCCCGAAAUACUCCUGCAUUAAGAGUACAAUAUGUGACCAAAAAAAAAAAAACUAAAUGAAGAAGUGAUA